UGUAACAAGGAAGGUUAACAUACAAAAUGAAAAAGACAUGGAAGUGUUGCGUUUGAACUUCUGAAUUCUGCUGAACUAAAUGGAGAUGUUUUAGGGACCCUCCUACUUAGUGGGAAAUCUGCCCUGUUUCAGUUAUGAAGCAAAGAGGCAUCAGAAGCACUAGCCUUUCUGCCAAUUUAAAGCUUGGAGAGUGCAAUCAGAAACAUCCUUCUGGAAGUGAUUACUGUAUUCCUUUUGCCCAAACAAGUCUUGUAAAAAAAUGGAGCUCAAUGGAAGAUUUAGCCACUUCUACCAACUAUUCCCCGUUGCCAACAAGGAUAAAUCUGUUCUAUCUCAACCUAAAUGUUGGAGGGAAAAAAUUCCAGAUUGACUAUCGCGUUGCAGCACGGUACCCAUCCACAAGGAUUGGAAAGCUAGCUGCGUGUAGUGAUCUAGUAAAGAGACUAGAUCUCUGUGAUGACUUUUCUGUACAGAUGAAUGAGUAUUUCUUUGAUCGGGAUCCUGUUGUCUUUUACUAUAUAUUUCAUUUUUAUCGUUGUGGCAUUCUAUGGAUAAUGGAUGAACUUUGUCCCCAUAACUUUCUUGAGGAAAUAGAGUACUGGGGACUUCACUUAAAAUAUACCCAAAGGUGCUGCCAUAUUCUCUUUGAAGAACAUCAAGAUGAAAUUAUGGAAUAUAUUAAAACAGAGCGGGAUCUGCAAGCUGAGGUUGAACGUCAUGACCACGAGAAACAUUUUGAAGGCAAGUGGCUUGGAGAUUUUAAAAUAAAAAUGUGGAAUUUGGUUGAAAACCCAUACUCGUCUGUCCAAGCAAAAAUCAUAGCUGUCUUGUCCAGUAUUUUUGUGUUGAUUUCAAUUGUAGCAAUGUGCCUGAGUACAGUGGAUGAACUUCAAGACACAAGUGUAAAUGGAAAAGCAUACAUGGAAUAUGUAGAAACUGUUUGUGUAAUAUUUUUCACCGUUGAAUAUAUCAUGAGACUUUUUUCCACACCAGACGUUAAAAGGUUUCUAAGAACUGCCAUGAACAUUGUUGACCUUGUUGCAAUUCUGCCAUUUUAUAUUCAGAUUAUCUUUGAGAGUUUUGCGGAAGAUGUAGAGAUACAUUUGCACCAUGGUGAUAUAGAGAAGAUGGAACGUUUGGGACAAGUGGGAAAAAUGCUAAAAAUCAUCCGACUCAUGCGUAUCUUUAGGAUUCUAAAGCUGGCUCGUCAUUCUACUGGACUGAGAGCUUUUGGCUUUACAAUCCGUCAAUGCUACCAGCAAGUUUGCUGUCUGUUCUUGUUCAUUGCUAUGGGGAUAUUCACAUUUUCAGCACUUAUGCAUUCUGUAGAACAUGAUGUGCCAGGGACCAGUUUUACCAGCAUCCCUGGUACCUGGUGGUGGGCAGCGGUCAGCAUUUCUACUGUUGGAUAUGGAGAUACAGUUCCAAACUCUUUCUUGGGCCGAAUUGUAGCUUUUCUCUGCAUCUCUUUUGGAAUUAUUCUAAAUGGAAUGCCAAUUUCCAUAUUAUAUAACAGGUUCUCAGACUUCUAUGCAAAGCUUAAAGCUCAUGAAUCUAUGAGUACUGUGAAAGUUGGCACUAAAAUCAGAUUUAAGGAGAGGGUUAUGAAGAAGGUUACUGCCUGUUGCAGACCAUAAAAUACCUAUAUAAAAGGAUUGUCACCAAAAAACAUGUUCUGUGGUUUAAAAGGGGAAAUUAACCUUUAUAUUACAGUGAUCUCCAACCAAAAAUUAGUCUUUGCAUAAUGAAAAAAAUGUAAUGCUUGGCAGCUUUCUUAUAUACAGUAAUUACAAUUUCCAGUAGUAUUCAUAUGCAAUGUCAACCAUUAACUCUAAUGAAUUUUGCUAAAUUCUUUCAAAAUGAUGCCAUUUCGCAAAUGUUUUCGAGAAAUGAGCCAGUUUUGCUCUUCAAUACAUUUUUCACUUUGAUUUUAAAACUGCUCUCUGCUUUCCAAGAUAAUAAACAGAAUGCUUUCAAUUAACAGUUUAAAUUCCAAGACUAAAAGCUUGAAAGUUGCAGAACAAAACAUAUAAAUAAUUAAAAAAAAAAACACAAAAAGAUGAACCAAUUAUAUAUUGUCUAAUGAUUGUCUUUAUGAUGGUGGGAAAGUGCAAAAAAACAUGGUACAAGAGUGUACCCAUUUUUUGCACCUUGCACCCUAUGACAUUUGUAAACUGUAUAUAUGUAAAGUAUAGGCAGACCAUUAUAUGGCUACAUGUUAAAGGAGAACUAAUCCCUAGAAAUUCAUAUGGCUAGGAAUGCUAUAUUUUAUCUGCUAAACUUACUGUACCAGCCUAAAGUUUCAGUUCUCUGGGCAAAUGCUGAGAAGCUAAGCUUAGGGGUCAUCACAAAUCAUCAAGCAUCAAAAUGAGGUUCACAUGUCAUACGUAUAUGCUGAUGCUACAGUGCUGAUUACUGAUUCCUUAUGCUAAUUGCAUUGGUGUCUGUCAUUUGAGAUAGUUAAUCAUUUUGCUGAUGCUGCUUCUUAACUAGUUGACUCAUCCCCAGUAAUUGUUUACAUGUUUGUUUAUGGGAACUGAGACCUGUCCUGUUUUUCAACUGGUAGGGAAUCUAAAUGAUAAUGUUUGACCUGUUAUAAUCAUGAAUCUUAAAUUGAACUCCUUAAAUCCUGAUGUUAACUGCACUAGUUUUGAGCUGCCAUGUAGUAAUUAUCUGUAUUAUUACUAAUAAGCCAUAUAUAGUGACUUUUCUAUUUUAUAUAUACAGUAUAUUGUACUGUAUAAGCUCAGUAACGGACAGCACCACAGAGCUUGUGCAGGGAAUCAGCAGAAAAGAAGAUGGGGGGCUACUGGGGCAUCUUUGUAGGCACAGAUCUUCCCUGCUAAAGGGCUGUGGUUGCCUUGGGCUGGUACAAGAGCCCAAAAUAUAAUGUACAACAUUUCCAAUAUACUUCUUUAGUUAGCCGUUAGUUCUUCUUAAAGUGCAGGAUUCCCUAAUACCUGUACAGACUGCAUUCUACACCUUGUUCCAGAUGUUAAACCUGGAGCAAAAUGCAGAGUGCGAUUAGCAUUAAGUGCUUGGAACAUAGAUGCUUCCUUAAAAUAAAACUUGUUUAUCAGCCUAAACAUAUUAUCGGGACUCAUUUAGAAAACAGUCAUUCUAGGACAAUUGCUGUUGUUGCUGUGUUUACCAAGAUGUAUAUCUAACAAUAAAAGUCCCAUUAGCUGUAUGACACAAAUUGUGUAAUUUUAUUUCAAUAUCAAGCUCAGAGGAUAUAUUUAUGAAGGAUACAGCUAAUACUAUUUGGUAAGUUUACAAACCAGCUCAUUAGAUGCUGAGAGAUGUAAAACAACACUUUAUUGCAACUAGCAAAAGCAGAGCACAAGAAGUUUACGGUACGUGUGUAGAAGAGGAAGAUAUUUCCAAGUUAUGAGAGAAAAUGAUGAUUGCUGUAACCUGGUAUGGCUUAUUAGGCUGACUGAAUAUGUAUGGCAACCUUGAAGAGGAAGAUAAUGUAGCUGUACCAACUCUGUCUACUCAAGCCAUAUAAAGAUACACAGGACUGCCUUGUCAGUAGUGAUGAACAAAUCUGUCCCAUUUCGCUUCACUGAAAAAUUUGCAAACUGCUGAAAAUGUUUUCAUGUGGUCGUGACUUUUUUGACAUGGCCACAACUUUUUUCUAUGUUCAAAUACAUUAAAUUCAAUGGGUGUUUUCUGUGUGAAUUUUUUGUUACAGUGAAUUUUAUGCAGCAGUUUCACGAAAAAUGUUUGCAAAUGACGAAAUUCAGAAUUUUGCCGAGAAUAAAUGCCUUGCGAAAAAAUUUGCUCAUCACUACUUGUCAUUAUCAGCAGGUGGCACUGUUGUAAAAAAUUUCAUCCAAUUAACAGUACACAUUUAUCUUAUUAUCUUUGAAUCUUAAAAAAAAAAAAAAAAAAA